UUUCAGUUUAUUUAUUCUAAAAGAAUAUACUUUUACACAGUGUUGAUCAUUAAUAUCAAUGAUAUAUGUAUAUAUAUAUAAAUAGAAUAUUAACUGUACAAAUGAUUAUUUCUUUCAAAUUUAGCCAUAUAUCAAUAUGAUUAUAAUUGGAAAUUUAUUUGAUUGAUACCAUAGCUACAAUCAUUGUUUAUUAUAAUAAGUAGUAUAUAACAAUUUAAUCAAAACAUCUAGUUCAAAUCAAUUAAAACAAUGUCAGUUAUUAAUUCAUUGUGAAAACUAAUAUCAUUAAUACAAACAAUGAGCCAACAACCUUUUUUAAUAACACGUUUACCUGAGAAAAUCAUGCUGCAAAUUUUUUCGCAUUUAAGUCAUCCAGAAUUGUGUAAUAUUGCACGUGUUUGCAAAAUGUGGCGUCGGUUAGCAUAUGAUCAUUCAUUGUGGCAGUCACUUAAUUUACGACCUGAAUAUGGUGGAAUAUUUGUAAGGUCAAUUGAUGAGCUAUUAAAUCUCAUUCAUCAUAGGUCUGGAAGUGGGUUAAGGUGUAUUGAACUAUCCAGCGAUCUAGUCACUAUACCAGUUUUAGAGGAACUUGGAAAUCGAUGUCCAAAUCUUCGCUAUUUAACUCUAGAUUUUUCUAAUGCUAUGCAACUACAUGAUUUCAACGAACUGGCUUCAUUCCCUUCAUCAAUUAAAUAUUUAUGUAUUUGUUUAAGUGAUGUGAUAUUUAUGGAAGGUUUAAUGAGAAAAAUCUAUUCAUGUUUAUCAGCGGUUGAAAUUUUGCACUUAAUUGGAACAUUUGAAUUGGCCACAGAGGAAGAAGAAGAAAUUUAUGAAGUCAUCAAUAUAAGUAAAAUUAAAGCCCAUACACCUAAUUUACGUGUUAUCAAUUUAUUUGGUAUCAACUUCAUUGAAGAUAGUCAUGUGGAAUUAUUAGCCAGUAAUUGUAUUCAUUUAGAAUGUGUCGCGCUUAAUUUUUGUUUAAAUGUUAAGGGUUCAUCAUUUACAUUAUUGAUCGCAAAUUGUAAAAAGUUGACAACCCUACUUCUAGAACAUUGUGGUCUCAAAGAUGAAUUUAUGAUGGCUGUACCAUGGGAAAAUUCAGGAAUCUGUGAAAUUGAUAUAACAUCUACAGAAUUAUCUGCUGAAUGCCUUGAAAACUUCUUAACACGUAUACCAUAUUUUACUUAUUUGGCAGCAGGUCAUACAGAUUUUUUUACUGAUCAUAUAUUGAAUACACUAUGCGACAGUGGUAAAUUUAAGCAAGUCAAAGCUAUUGAUUUGAGUCAUACACCGGCACUUAACGAACAGUCCAUAACAAAUCUUCUUAAGCUUCAUGGUCAUCAGUUACAUGGUCUUAUGCUACAUGGAAAAGCUACUUUAGCUGAAUAUUUUUGGACUACUGUGAUUCCAUAUCUUGGUGCGAUAAAGGUUUGUGUACUUGGAGCAUCACAUGGUUGGUUUUAUAAAUACAACACACGAGUUCAUAUUGAUAAAAUUCUAGAAAGUUUUGCCGGAUAUUGUCCAAAUUUAGAAGCAUUAGAAAUACAAUGGGAUCCAGAUACUAUUCGUUUUAGUGAUAAAAGUAGAAAAUUCAUUGAUCGAAUUAGAAUCAAAUGUCCUCGAUUGAAGUCUUUAACUCUUAGUGAUGGAAAGUACUACGAAAUGGUUAAAGGAAAUUUUGAAAGAGCAGAAUGUCCUAGAGUAGUACGCACUACAACUACGUAUAUUACAAGUAUUAUUAGCUUACUGAAACGUUAUAAGGAUUUGAGAUUUAAUUAAUUCUAUAAACUCACAUGUAAUCGCUCUUUUAGAUUUUAUACAAUUCACAGAAAUAAUCAGGUGAAAGAAUAUUCAAAAUAAAAAUGAUGAAUUGCAGAUAAUCACUUGAAAUUUCAAAUUGAUGUGCGAGAAAAUCACAAGUCCUAUAGUGCUGCCAAUAAAAUAACAUUCAAAUUUGUAUGUUGUUAAUUUGCCAAUAUUUUUUGAAAUCUGCUAUUGUCAAACAAAUAGAAAUACACAAUCAUACUUUGUAGAAAAUAUGAUUUUGCCUUUUUUAUUUUAGUUUUAACUCCAUGUAAUAUUUCCUUCAAAAGUAAACGUCGCUUGAUAUUUAGUGAGAGUAUGCUUUAAAUACGUUUAACGUCAAAG